ACAGGAGAGAAUUUCUCUUAAAUCUGCCCGCUUCCCCUGCAAAGUCAUACGUCAAUAACAGCUUUCCUAGCGGAAAAAGUUUGAAUUUUUGUCAAAGGGGAAUGCAGGCGACAUUUAUCUACUUUCUUUUUUGAUUUUCUGUACAUAGUCGUAGUGUAAAUUAUCAUAUACGCUAUCAUAAAUUCAUAAUUCAGCUGUUGAUUCGUUAUUUAUUGGAGAAAAGGGAAUAAAUCGUUGGAUUCUUGAUGGGUUUUCUGGUUGAUUCGCAAAACGACGGUGGCUACGGUGGUUCAUUGGGUUGUUUGAGGGGUUUGGUGAGGAGGAAGCAGGUGGAUUCUGCUAAUUCCAAGCAUGCCGAUCAGCAUCAGUUGGCUAAGGAGCUCACAGUUCCUUACCUUAUUGCAAUUGGUGUUGGCUCAACAAUUGGAGCUGGUGUUUACAUUCUUUUGGAACUGUUGCCAGAGAGCUUUCUGGACCAUCUCUGACCUUUUCUUUCCUAAUAGCUGGAAUUGCUUCUGCUCUCUCUGCCUUUUGCUAUGCUGAGCUUUCAAGUCAUUGCCCAUCCGCUGGAAGUGCAUAUCAUCACUAUUCGUACAUCCGUGUUGGGGAAGGUUAAUUUUUUGUGAUAUUGAGAUUUGAUCAUUCAGACUUAGGUUCAGUAACAUGCUUAAUUAGUAAUUGUCCUACUUUCAACACAUAUGAUUCUUGAGCCACAAAUAUAAACAGUCUCAUGUACAGUGUUGCGCGGCUGAUUGGGUGGACUCUUAUAUUAGAGUACUAUUAGUGGUUCAGCUGUUGCUUGUGGUGUAUCCCCAAAUCUGGUAUGAUGAAUUACAUUUUUUGUUGUAAGUAUUUAUAUAUCUUGAAGCAAAUUUUUUGAGAUACUUAUUCAAAAAUACUAUUUAAGAUAUAUAAUAUAAGUGCUUAUGUGCC